UGUUACAUUGAAUUGACUUUCAAAUCAAUUAACAAAAAAUAUAAUAAUAAUUUUUUUAAAAACACACAAUGAGAGUGUUAGGACUGUUGUCGUUGGCUAUGGCCGUCUGUUGUAUCUCAGCUAAAGUGCCAUCAAUUAAGCUGUACACCGGCUAUGAGAUGCCCCAAAUAGGUUUGGGCACCUGGCAAGCAAAAGGUGAUUCCGUUAGACAAGCAGUUAAGGACGCACUGGAAAUCGGUUACCGACACAUCGAUACGGCAUUUAUUUAUGGCAACGAAAAAGAAGUUGGCGAAGGCAUCCAUCAACAGAUCCAAAAAGGUGUACUCAAACGGGAAGACCUAUUCAUUACCACAAAGGUAUGGCCCGACGGUUGCAAUCGUCAGAAGGCGUUGGAAAUGAUCAAACACUCGCUGAAAGAGUUGAACGUUACUUAUCUGGAUCUGGUUUUAGUACACUUUCCUCACGAUGACUACGCCAACACUUAUCAAGGUCUGGAAGAUGCUUACAACCAGAAACUGGUCCGAUCGAUAGGUAUCUCCAACUUUAUGAAGAGCCACAUCGAUCACGUGCUCAAGACAGCCAAAGUUAAGCCAGCAGUUAAUCAAAUCAAUAUCCAUCCGACACUCAAUCAGGACGAGACUGUUGCCUAUUGUAAUAAAUUAGGUAUCGCUGUCACCGGUUACUCACCACUGGGUACCGGAUCUAUGAUUAAGGACCCGACCUUAACAUCAAUCGGUGCCAAACAUCACAAGUCAUCGGCACAGGUGGCCAUCAGAUGGCAAAUCGAAAGAAAUCUGAUAACAAUACCAAAGAGUGUCAACAAAAAGUAUAUUAAGGAAGACUUUGAAGUGUUUGACUUUAAACUAACUGCAGAUGAGAUCAAAACUAUUAAUAAUAUGAAAGCCUAAUAAUAUGUUUGAUAUAAUAA